AUGUCUGGUGUUGAAGAAAUUGAUUAUGAGGCUUUACCUGAUUCUGCUUCAUUAAGUUCCCAAUUAAUGGCAGGUGCAUUUGCAGGUAUUAUGGAACAUUUUGUUAUGUUUCCAUUUGAUGCAUUAAAAACUAGAAUUCAAUCUCAAACUCAAUCUACUUUACCAAAAAAUUUAAUCAAACAAAUUUCCAAAAUUACUACGACUGAAGGUUCUUUAGCAUUAUGGAAAGGUGUACAAUCGAUGAUUCUUGGUGCAGGUCCUGCUCACGCUGUAUAUUUUAGUACAUAUGAGUACAUGAAGAAAACGUUAAUCGAUCAAAAAGAUAUGCAAACACAUCAACCUUUAAAAACAGCACUAAGUGGUGCUACUGCCACAAUUGCAUCUGACGCUUUAAUGAAUCCAUUUGAUACCAUUAAGCAAAGAAUGCAAUUGAGUGGCUCUGAAAAAACUUGGUCAGUUACAAAAAAUAUUUAUCAUAAGGAAGGUCUACGAGCAUUUUACUACUCCUACCCAACCACAAUUGCGAUGAACAUUCCUUUUGUUUCAUUAAACUUUGUUAUCUAUGAAUCAUCUACCAAAUUAUUUAACCCCACCAACGAGUAUAACCCAUUAGUCCAUUGUUUAUGUGGUGGUUUAAGUGGUGCUACAUGUGCUGCUAUCACCACUCCAUUAGAUUGUAUUAAGACAGUUCUACAAGUCAGAGGUUCCAAAUCUGUAUCAUUAGAAGUCAUGAAAAAAGCUAAUACAUUCAGAAAAGCUGCAGAUGCUAUUUAUCACGUUCAUGGUUGGAAAGGGUUUUUGAGAGGUAUUAAACCUAGAAUUAUUGCAAAUGUCCCAGCCACUGCUAUCUCAUGGACUGCAUAUGAAUGUGCAAAGCACUUUUUGAUGGAAAAUAGAACCGAUCAUGUUAAUAACUAA